CCAAAACCACUAAAACCAAAACACCACCACUGAUCAUCACUAGCUUUCUACUUGUAGAAGGAGAGAGAGAUCAGCAAUGGAGCUGCUUGCCUUGGUCACCGUGCUCCUCCUGGCGCACGCCGUGGCGUACCUCGCGUGGACGGCGGCGGCGCGGCGGCGGCAGUCGCGGUGCUACCUCCUCGACUACGUGUGCCACAAGCCGUCCGACGACCGCAAGGUGAGCACGGAGGCGGCCGGCGCGGUGAUCGAGCGGAGCAAGCGGCUCAGCCUGCCGGAGUACAGGUUCCUCCUCCGCGUCAUCGUCCGCUCCGGCAUCGGCGAGGAGACGUACGCGCCGCGGAACGUGCUCGACGGCCGGGAGGGCGAGCCCACGCACGGGGACUCGCUCGGCGAGAUGGAGGACUUCUUCGGCGACUCCAUCGCCGAGCUCUUCGCCAGGACGGGGUUCGGCCCGCGCGACGUCGACGUGCUCGUCGUCAACGCCUCCAUGUUCUCGCCGGACCCGUCGCUGGCGUCCAUGAUCGUGCACCGCUACGGCAUGCGCGAGGACGUCGCCGCCUACAGCCUCGCCGGGAUGGGGUGCAGCGCGGGGCUGAUCUCGCUGGACCUGGCGCGGAACACGCUGGCGACGCGGCCGCGCGCGCUGGCGCUCGUCGUGUCCACGGAGUCCAUCGCGCCCAACUGGUACACCGGCACCGACAAGUCCAUGAUGCUGGCUAACUGCCUGUUCCGCUGCGGCGGCGCCUCCGUGCUGGUCACCAACGACCCGGUGCUCCGCGGGCGCGCCAAGAUGGAGCUCGGCUGCCUCGUGCGCGCCAACAUCGCCGCCAACGACGACGCCCACGCCUGCGCGCUGCAGCGGGAGGACGACGACGGCACCGUCGGGAUCAGCCUCAGCAAGGCGCUCCCCAAGGCCGCCGUCCGCGCCUUCGCCGCCAACCUCCGCCGCCUCGCCCCGCGCAUCCUCCCCAUCACCGAGCUCGCCCGCUUCGCCGCCCAGCUGCUCAUCACCAAGAAGCUCCUCCGCCGCCGCGCCACCGCCGCCACCGCCACCAAGCACACCGGCGGCGACGGGCCCAGGAUCAACUUCAAGACGGGCGUGGACCACUUCUGCCUCCACCCCGGCGGCACGGCCGUGAUCGAGGCCGUGAAGCGCAGCCUGGGCCUCGACGACGACGACGUGGAGCCGGCGAGGAUGACGCUGCACCGGUGGGGGAACACGUCGGCGAGCAGCCUGUGGUACGUGCUGUCGUACAUGGAGGCGAAGGGGAGGCUGAGGCGGGGCGACAAGGUGCUGAUGGUGACGUUCGGGUCGGGGUUCAAGUGCAACAGCUGCGUGUGGGAGGUGACCGGCGACAUGGCCGACAAGGGCGCGUGGGCCGACUGCAUCGACGCCUACCCGCCGGAGAACACGGCCAACCCCUACAUGGAGAAGUAUUCGUGGAUCAACGACGUCGACGGAGACAGCCUCAUCAUCUAAGUAAAUUAAAACGGAUUAAUUCAUUUCCCACCCAUCUCCACAAAUUAAAAGUUUACACCUCUCUAUUCCCUUCUUUAAUAUAUAACGUUAAUUAUUUCAAAAAUGAAUUAACCAACGUCGUACAUAAAAGAACAGAGAGGGAGUACAUAUGUGUACAUGCAUGGAGAUAUACACACACACACACAUAUCACAGAUUCACAAUAUUAUAUAUGUUGAAAUUUGGUAAUAAGGAUAUUGAUCUGUGCUAGCCAACUAGUUCAUCUCUGAAUUGGAACUGAAAUAGAAAGGAUCGAGUACGUAGGUGCAGACCAAAUCAGUCUUACUAGCGUGUGUGUGUCAUUAAGUGUCAUGCAUGCAUAAUUGCAUCUAUGUAAUAAAGUCAAAUUAGUAGCCAUAUUUACGGGUUUCAACGAUUGUUAAUUAGGAAAAACAUGUGUGUGUUUUGUUGAUUAGCUCUUAAUUAGACUUCUCGGAUGCCGGCCAUGUGUUGUUUCAGUGGUCCAUAUAUAUGCAAAGAAUAAUGAAGUUCUUUC